AUGACAUCCGCACAGAACGACACCCAGACACAAAAGUACUUCGCUGAGAACAAGUUCUUUGGACUUUCACCGGACCAAGUGCACUUCUUCAAACAGCUAUCCCUUCCGUGUUACGAAGAGGAAACAGGGAAGAUCCUCAUGGAGUCCUCCGGUCGCAUGUGCCUCGCGCCAGGUGGAAAUGGAGGUGUUUACACAGCCUUAACAACGCCGCCACAUGGUGAGAAGGAGUCCGUGCUGCAGCGCAUGGAGCGGAUGGGCAUAAAAUACGUGCAGAUAGGCAACGUGGACAACAUGCUCGCAAAGGUUGCGGACCCAAUCUUCAUUGGCUUUGCGGUCAAGGAGCACGUGGACGUGGUGGUGAAGUCCAGCCCCAAGACGUGCCCGGAGGAGUCUGUUGGUGUGUUUGUGCGCGCUGAUGGGGAGUGGGGCGUCGUGGAGUACACUGAGGUUGGUGAGAGGGCCAAGGAGGUUAAUUCGGCAACAGGCGAGCUGCGCUUCAACUGCGCCAACAUCUCGUGUAACGUCUGCAGUGUUCCUUUCCUUCGAGUCGCGGCGGAGCACAUGAAAUCAUUCACGCGGUACCACAUUGCGCGAAAGAAGAUCCCCACUAUUAAUGGACCCACCAUGGGUGUCAAACUGGAGGCAUUCAUCUUUGAUCUGUUUCAGUUCGCCAAAGAAUGUGGCAGUGAUUCGGCGCAAGGUGGAGGAUUCCGUAUCAUGCAGGUGGACCGCAGCGAGGACUUCGCCCCAAUCAAGAACGCCGAAGGUGCGACGAGCGACACGCCGACAGAGGCGGCACGACUCACGUUGGCGUUGCACAAGCGCUGGCUAACAGCAGCGCUGCAGGCAAUCGCUGCGGCUGGUGGCGCCGACGCGAAGGAUGCAACGGCGGCGCUCGCAGUGCUGCAGCGUGACUCCGUCUCGGUGGAGGUGUCGCCGCUUGUGUCGAGCGGUGGGGAGGGACUCGCACCGUACCUCCCGCGUGUUAUUCAGCAACUGCUUUGCGGGGAAGGUGAGAAGAUUCUCGUUGACCGAGAGGAUGAGCAUGUAAUGGAUAGGUCGAACAUCUAA